GUUAUUAAGCCUGUGAGCUCAGUGUAAAACAAGGCAGCAUGAAGCCCAUGGAAAUAUAUAUAUUGUGCCUUGAACUCUUUCUGAGUGCAUGUUUAAGUGGAGUUUUGGCCAAAAAAGAGGGGGAAGUCAUUUCAGAGGAUAAAGAUGUACUGGUGCUGACCGAAAGCAACUUUAACCAAGCACUUAAAGAACACAGCCAGUUACUGGUACACUUCUAUGCUCCUCUCUCUGGUGAGUCUCUUGGCUCAAUUCUAGAGUUUGCAAAAGCAGCCAGUGAGCUCAAAGACUCCAAAUCAUCUGUGAAACUUGGAAAGAUUGAUGUCGCUAAAGAAAAAGACUUUGCCAAAUCCUUAAAUGUAACUACAGUGCCAUCAUUACGACUGUACCUCUCUGGAGACAAAUCCAGCCCUAUUGAAUGUCCAGUUCUGAAGACCUCUACUGCCAUCAUAACAUGGCUUAAAAGGAGAGAGGGCCCUAGUGCUGUCCUUAUUACUGAUCUCAGCCGGUUGCAGAGCGUACUUAAAGAAGAUGAUCUUGUGGUUCUGGGAUUAUUUAAGGAUGUUGAGAGGGGCUUAGUAAAUGUUUUUUACGACGUGGCAGCAGAUAUUGCUGACAUGACCUUUUGUGUAACAGGAAGCGAGCAGAUCUUUACCAAGUACGAUAUAUUUGAUGACUCAGUUGUGCUUCUCAGAAAGUCAAAAGUGGCAGAAACAUUUAGGAUGACAAGCAAAACCAUAAAAGAGGAUGUCAUUUACUUCAUUAGAAUCCAUGAGAUGCCUCUGGUGACUGAAUACAAUGGCGAGACAUCAUCUAAGAUAUUAAACUCUGUGGUACAGAAUCACUUGGUUUUGUUCAUUGAUAAAGCCAAGGGAGGAUUCAAACAAAUAUACCGUGCCUUCAAAAGCACUGCCAAGGAAUAUAGAGGCAAGGUUCUGUUCGUGCUAAUUGACACGGGUGAGCCCAGGAAUGGACGUGUCUUAGAGUAUUUCCGUGUGAGGAAAGAGGAAUCGCCACUGAUCCGAAUGGUUAAUUUGACAGACAACUUACAAUAUAAUUUACCUUCAGACCAGCUGGAUAGAGAAACAAUUUAUGACUUCUGCCAGAGUUACUUUCAGGGGAAAGCUAAGCCAAAGCUACAAAGUGAGCCAAUCCCUGAUGGCUGGGACAAACAGCCAGUGAAAGAGCUGGUGGGGAUGAACUUUGAAAGGGUGGCUUUCAAUGAAAACAAGAACGUCUUGGUUCUUUUCUAUGCCUCAUGGAGUUCUGAGAGUCGAGCACUGUUCCCUUUAUUUGAAGAGCUUGCGAAACACUACCAUGACAAUGAGGAUGUGGUACUUGCCAGAAUUGAUGUAACUGCAAAUGAUGUCAACAUUCGCAUGACUGACCGAUAUCCAACCAUUAACCUUUUCCCUGCAGUCUAUGCUGAAAGGGUAGUGCCAUAUACUGGCCAAACCAAACUAGAGCCAAUAGUUGAGUUUGUGAAUGCAGAAAGAGCACGAGCCAAGGAGGAUAAGGCUAAGGAAGAAAUAGAGAGGAAGAAAUAUCUGGAUGCACAGAAGGCAACAGCUAAAGAAGAGCUAUAGUGCGCAUAUACAUAGCAAAUGCAUUUUAACAAACAGGAGUCUAAUUUCUACCUAAUUGCCUGUAAAUAAUAACAACAAUGCAAAAUGUUGUUACAAAAAAUAAUAAAAAAUAUAUUAAACAUGUGUAUGCCUGCACUUUUCUGUGCUUUUCAGCUGGAUGGCUGGAUGGAUGAACAUGUCUUUUUUUUUUAUAAUAGCUUGACUCUGGCAGUAUUUCUGACUGAAAAAGCUCUGGUUUCUAAUAAAUUCUAAUCUCUAAUGAAUUAUUGCAGUUACAGUUACAUGGUGGAUACUAAUGCUAGAAACUUUAAGUGAUAACAGAAAUGUUUUUCA